AUGUCAGAGGUCGAAUCCAAGAAGUCCGUAGAGGAUGUUGUGAUCGACGAUGCGAACGUAGACUGCUCCUUGGAUGAUGUGGACACUAAACACGACAAAUUCACGACCAGGCGAGUGGAACUAUGGGCGUUUUACGUUUACUACAUCGGGAAUAAUGGAUUGUCUGGGUUCAAUUUCGGACCUUCGCAAUUUCAGAACCUGCUAUACCUGGCUGGUUAUGACCCAAGCUAUCCUCCAUUCACAGUAGCAUGUGGUGCUGGAGACUGUGUUCUCCCAUAUUUGGGCCGUGUCCGCGACGUGAAUGCCAUUGUCCUGUUGACCAACGGCAUAAGCUUUGCCCUCCAAGCUGUGGUGCUGCUCUUGAUUGGAGCCUGGGCUGAUUACGGUUAUUGGAGACCGAAUAUCACCAUAUUCUUCACGAUCUUGGCUGUCGCUGUAUCCUUCGCGUGGUUAGGCGUAGAAGACCCAUCACGAUGGCAAGCUGGUGUUGCCUUGUAUAUCCUUGGCCUAAUCACAUAUCAGUGUGCACUGACAUUUUGGACUGCUGCGUUCCCGGGACUCGCCCGCGACCUCCCUGAAGUCAAAAAGUCUGCAGCUGAUGUUACAGAUGGAAAGAAGACGCUGGAUGAUCACGAAAACUUUGAAUCUCUCUCGCGAAAUAGGAUCUCAAAUGUCUCCUUUACUGUCAGUUCUGUGGGCGAAAUUCUCAUUCUCGCGGUGAUGGUCGGUAUCAUAAAAGGGCUGGACGCAGGAGCAAGCACUGAAAAUAAUACUAAAGCGUUCAGCGUCUUAAUUGCUUUUUCUGGCGGCGUCUGGCUCCUAUGCGCACUACCUUGGUUCUUCCUCGAGAAGCGGCGACCCGGUCUUGCGCUACCUCCCCAGACAUCAUUGUUGACCGUUGGUUUCAAGCAGACGUAUAUUGCAUUCCGGGAGUGCAUGAAGCUUAAGCAAACAUUCCUGUACCUCAUUUUCUACUUUCUCAUGGGUGAUGUUUUGAAUACUACCGUUACGGUUAUAGGGACGUUGCAGAACAGCGUCGUGUCCUACUCGACAUUGCAGCUGACCCUGCUCCUCAUCGUCGGUAUUGUUACACAAGCGUUGGGAAUUUACUUGUUUUGGAUUGUCCAGAAGCGUUUCCGUAUUUCAACAAAAGCGAUGCUCUGCUUCAACGUCGCCUGGAUCAUUAUCUUAACGAUAUGGGGGAUGAUAGGAAUUCACACCGAUAAAUUUGGCUUCAAGCACGUCUGGGAGAUAUGGCUUUACCAGGCGUACUAUGGCUUGAUGGUCUGUCCCUGGUAUGCGUACAGCCAGACAAUGAUCAGCGAAGUCUCUCCUAUGCCGCAAAUGUACAUGAUCAUUGCAUCCACAUCUUCGUUUGCUAAUGGUAUUUUCGACAGGUUUUUGUUCUUUGCCUUGUUUUCCGUGAUUGGUAAAACAUCUGCAUUCAUAGGACCCUUUGUUUCGUCGGCUAUUAUCACUGCCUCCGGCAACAAUGACAACUACCCAUUCGUGUUCCUAUUCUCACUGGGAAUGUUCAGCAUUAUUUUUCUGUACUUCGUGGAUGUCAAGAAAAGCCAUGUGGAAUGCGAAGACUUUAUUGCUGCAGAAGUACAAAGGAAGGCUUUCGCAAGUUCUUAG